AUGAAGUGUCACAGGCGGCUUACGUUGGACAUCUGGAUCCUGCUGGCGUACGUGCUAGAUAUCACCAGCGGUGGCAUGCAGCACCAUCGGCCCAUCGACGGGUAUAAAUCAUUCCUCGAGACCGGCACGGCUCAUCUGCGGGCGUACGUGGCGUCUGGCUCGGCAGGAGCUUACCACGGGAGUAGCAGCCAAGGAGCAGGAGGAGGACUCCACCAGCAGCCACAAUCACUCGCACAGGGUGGCAAAUGGGAGGAGCCGUACUUUGACGACACGACACCGAGGAAUGUGACCGCGCUUGUUGGCAAAUCCGCUUAUCUGAGCUGCCGCGUGAGAAGCUUGGGCAACAAGACGGUUUCAUGGAUACGACACCGAGACAUCCACAUACUUACCGUUGGUAGCUACACGUACACUUCCGAUCAGCGGUUCCAGGCGACGCACCACAAAAACAUCGAUGACUGGACGCUACAGAUCAAGUGGGCCCAAAAGCGUGAUGCCGGUGUCUAUGAGUGCCAGAUAUCGACGCAGCCAGUUCGCAGCUAUUUCGUCACGCUGAGCGUCGUAGUCCCGACGGCGACGAUAAUCGGUGGACCGGACCUACACGUGGACAAGGGCAGCACCAUCAACCUGACGUGCGCGGUCAAGUACAGCCCGGAACCGCCGGCCUACAUCUUCUGGUACCACCACGACGAGGUGAUCAGCUACGACUCGAGCCGGGGUGGUGUUUCGGUUAUCACGGAGAAAGGCGACAUCACCACGUCGCACCUGCUGAUCCAAAACGCCGACCUAGACGACUCGGGCAAGUACUCCUGCUCGCCAUCCAACGCGGACGUGGCCAGCGUACGAGUGCACGUCCUCAACGUUCGCGCCGUCGUUUCAGGUGAGCAUCCGGAGGCGAUGCAGACAGGCGGUGCAUCACCACACCGGCUGGUGGACAUGUCACAUAGAAAACGUGAAAGCAAAUAUGCUCAUCCAACAACACCGUUCCGAGAAAAUGUUUGA